CAUCGCGGUCUAUUACUUCCCAAUUAUACAACAUCUGCGAAAAGUACUCUUGCGGAUACUUCCUUCCAUUCCAAAAUUCAUUCCCACUUAAACUUUAAAGAAACCCAAAGUCAAAAUGUCUUCCAAGAAGCGCAAGUCGGAAGAAGACCCCACUGCCGUCGCCGCGGUUGCUAGCGACAGCACCAGCAAGAAGCGCAGACGCAUAAGCGAGGCCGCAGACGAGGACACCCCAAGAGUCGAGAAGAAGGUCAAGAAAGACAAGAAAGAAAAGAAAGAUAAGGAAGGCAAAAAGGAAAAGAAGUCCAAGAAGUCCUCCAAGAAGGACAAAUCCCACAAGCGCAGUGCUCCCGCCGACGACAAUGAGGAUGUCGCCGAAGAGACUAUUGCGCCCGAAGCCAACGGCUCUUCUGAAGAAGCUCCCGUCGCAGAGACCGCUCCCACCACCGUAGAAGACGAAGCCGAGACCUUAAAGCCAUCCAAGAAGAGCAAGAAGGAUAAGAAAGAAAAGAAGGAGAAGAAGGAUAAAAAGGACAAAAAAGACAAGAAGGAGAAGAAGAAAUCCACCGACGAACCCACCACAGCCGAAGAAGCCCCCGUCACCGACGAAGGCGAAGAAGAACCCGCCCAACCCACCGGCAAAAAGUCGCGCUUCAUAGUCUUCGUCGGCAACCUUCCCUACAGCGCCACAGUCGCGCAAAUAACCGCGCACUUCAGCGCCGUGCACCCGACCUCCGUGCGUCUUCUCCACGACCAAAAAACGAAGAAGUCGCGGGGAAUAGCCUUCGUCGAGUUCGGGGGAUACGACCACAUGAAGACGUGUCUAAAAACAAUGCACCACAGCACCUUCACCAGCGCGCCCUCAAAAGACGGCCGCGCGCCGGAGGAGCGAAAGAUAAACGUGGAGCUAACAGCCGGUGGUGGCGGCAACACCGAGCACCGGAAGGAGAAGAUCCGGGCGAAGAACGAGAAGCUGAACGAGGAGCGGGCGCGACGGAUCGAGGCGGAGCUAGAGGCGAAGGCGGAGAAGGAGCGGGAGAAGGCCGCGCGGGACGGGGACGGGGAGAAGAGGCCUGCUGGACGGAGCAUCGAGGAUGCUAUUCACCCGAGUCGUAGGAGACGGGUUCACGGCGCUUGAUGGAGUGGAGUUUUCUACUACAGCACCUCGACCACCACC